AUAACCUUUCAGUGACUUUAGAGGUCAAUUUAAAGGACACACGUCCCAAAAUCGACUUUAAUCUUUAGUAUAAAUUUUAAUCACAUUUAACUAAAUAGCAGUGAUCAAAACACUUACUGAAGGGAACAGUACAAUUUACUUUCUAAAUUUUCUUUUAAUAACAUUUUAAUCUGCAAUAAAACAACAUGCCUGAACCGAUUCGAGUCGUCGUGACGGGAGCCGCCGGCCAAAUAGCCUACUCGUUGCUCUACAUGGUCGCCAAAGGCGACGUCUUCGGCCCCAACCAGCCCGUCAUUUUGCACCUGCUCGACAUCCCGCCGAUGAUGCCGGUCCUCGAAGGCGUCGUCAUGGAGCUGGCCGAUUGCGCCAUACCCCUGCUCAGGGGCGUCGUCCCCACCGCCGACGUCGCCGUCGCCUUCAAGGACGUCUCCGCCGCCUUCUUGGUCGGCGCCAUGCCCAGGAAAGAAGGCAUGGAACGCAAGGAUCUCCUGUCUGCCAACGUGAAGAUCUUCAAGGAGCAGGGCUCCGCUUUGGACCGUUACGCCAAGAAGGACGUGAAGGUUUUGGUCGUGGGAAAUCCGGCUAAUACGAACGCUUUGAUUUGCUCCAAAUACGCGCCGUCUAUACCCAAGGAGAAUUUCACGGCUAUGACGCGAUUGGACCAGAACAGAGCGCAGGCGCAGAUUUCAUCGCGAUUGGGCGUUCCCGUAGGAGAGGUAAGCAACGUGAUAAUUUGGGGCAACCAUUCAUCCACCCAAUUCCCCGACGCCAGCCAUGCCCUUGUCAAUAUCAACGGUAAACAAAUAGCGGUGCCCGAUGCGAUCAAAGACGACAAUUGGCUGAGGUCCAUGUUCGUCGAGAUCGUCCAAAAGCGAGGAGCCACGGUGAUAGCGGCGAGGAAAAUGUCGAGCGCCCUGUCGGCGGCGAAGGCGGCCACCGAUCACAUGCGCGACUGGUUCGCCGGCACGGCGCCCGGCGCCGUCGUCUCGAUGGGCGUCAUCAGCGACGGCAGCUACGGCGCCCCCAAGGACGUGGUGUUCUCGUUCCCGGUGACCAUCAAGGACGGCAAGUGGCGCAUCGUCGAAGGGCUGGUCAUCGACGAUUUCGCCAAGGAGAAGCUGGCGCUGACCGGCGCCGAAUUGGAGGAGGAGAAACGGGAGGCGGUCGCCAUUACGCAGGCAUGACUAUUUAACAACAAACUUUAAAAGGUUAAACGAGACGACGGAAAAAAUGCAACAAUAAUGUGCUUCGUAGAUCGAAGAGUACUUACGUGUUAGAAAAAGAUAAAAUUAGGUUUUUUUUUUGGUCGUUUUUUGGCGAUUUGACGUUUGACGUUUUCAAAUCGCCAAAUGUCGAAUUCGUUUUUUUAGGAUGUUGACAAGUUUAUGAAAUUUUUGAAUCGUCGGCACGUUAAAAUUUGGUACGAGAGCAGAGGCGUGCGUAAGUAAUCGAAAUGUCGCAUAUUUAUUGACGUUUGACGUAUUUGACGAGUUAGCUACUAUACUUUUUCCACUUAUUCCUACCGUAUAUUUUUUUACGAAUGUCUAAUCAAAUACGUCAGAUGUCAUUUUAAAAUACCAUUUUAAGAAACGUCAUUUUAAUAGAGAUGGACAGAAGACAUGGGAUUUGAAUUGAAAAUUUAAUUUCUGUAACGUGAAGUGGGUGAAAAAUAAAUAACACAUUGAAAUAUUUGGUAUAAGGUGUGUUUUGUUUUCUAAUUUCGAUGAUUUUUGACAGUACGUACUCGGAUUUAUGAGGUAUGAUAGAAAAAAAUAAAUGUAGAACAAAAAUGUCAUUCUCGUUAGUUUUUUUUGUUUCUUUGAGUUUUAUUUCGUUCUUUGUUUAACGUUUUAAAGGUGGUCUAAGCGGGCUUUGGUUAUCAAAUGGAAAUGCAGAGGUAAUUUGGUUUUAUUGAAUAUAUUUGUAAAUAUUUACUAUACUUUUAUUUUGGCAUUUAUUUUUGGUUUUUUAACGUUCUUCAAUUAUUUUAUAAUCUAAUAUGUAAAUUGAGGUGUUUUUUUUUGUUUUUUGUUUUAAU